AUGUUUUUGACCUUGGCAAUAGUGACUUUAAUAUUUUUGUAUGUUUAUAUCAAAUAUCGAUAUGAUUUUUGGACAAAUCGCGGAAUUCCAACUGCAAAACCAACUUUUUUAUUUGGAAAUAUUGCAGGAGUUGGAAGAACAAGAAGCAUUGCAGAUUCGUUAAAACAAGUUUAUGAUGAAUUCAGAGAAAAAGAAGAUUUCGUUGGAAUUUAUUUCUUCACAAAUCCAGCAAUGGUUAUCAUUAAUCCAGAGCUUGCAAAGUUAAUUCUUGUUAAAGAUUUCCAAUAUUUUUCUGAUCGUGGAAUGUACUCAAAUAAGAUCUCAGAUCCGUUAAGUCAUAAUUUGCUGACCAUGAAAAUUGAUGACUGGAAGCCAAAACGAAUGAAAAUAACGCCAACGUUCAGUUCAGGAAAAAUCAAGUUAAUGUUUGAUAUUAUAUCUGGAAUCACUGAUAAUUUAGUUGACAAAUUCUCGAAAACAUCGGAGGCAAACAUAAGUGAGACAGUCGCAUUGUAUUCAACUGAUAUCAUAUCAAAUAUUGCAUUUGGAAUCGAAAGCAAUUGCCUAGCAGAUCCAGAUUCUGAAAUAAGGAAAUAUGGAAAGAAAAUAUUUAAAAUGAAUAUAAUAAGAAUCACACGAUUCUUCUUGACUUCUCAGUUCCCAGAAUUAGCAUUCUCUUUGGGUAUUAAAGCCACAAACCAGGAAGCAUCAGGAUACUUUCUCAAACUAUUUAUAGACACUGUAACAUACAGAGAGGAAAAUAAUAUCCGACGAAAUGACUUUUUACAAAUAUUGAUUGAUUUAAAAAACAGUAAAGAAGGACAAGAGAUUGAUUUGAAGGAACUGGCUUCUGAAAGCUUUGCAUUUUUUGGAGGAGGAUUUGAAACAACUUCAUCAACAAUUACUUACUGUCUCUACGAAUUAUCUCAAAAUAAAGACAUACAGAGUCAGUUGAGGGAAGAAGUUGACGAAGUUUUCAGCAAUGAAGGAGGCUUGACAUAUGACACUUUAACAGACAUGAAAUACUUAAACAUGGUUAUAUCUGAAACUCUCAGAAAAUAUCCAGUAAUUCCAAUGUCAUUGAGAAGAUGCACAGAAAAUUACAAAAUACCAAACACAUUGCUAGAAAUUCCAAAAGGAACUAUGGUUAAUAUACCAGCUUUGUCAUAUCAUCACGAUCCAUCAUACUAUCCAAACCCGUCAGCAUUUGAUCCAGAACGAUUUACAGAAGAGAACAUAAAGAUGAGACCAGCAUUCACUUAUUUGCCUUUUGGUGAAGGACAGAGAAUAUGCGUCGGCAUGAGAUUCGCACAGAUGCAAGUGAAAAUUGCCAUCGCAAAGCUUAUUUCAAAUUUUGAAUUUUCAACGUGUGAAAAGACUGAAAUUCCAAUGAAGUACAACCUCUCAUCACCAUUCAUGACACCUAAAUCUGACAUAUUCUUGUCAUUAAAAUUAUUAAAAUAA